CUGAACUUUCUCCCAUUCAGUCCUCCGCGUCCCCUCCGUGCCGGGCGACAGGAGAGAGUGUGACGCCGGUGACGUCACGACCAGCGUCUCCGCCAUCUUCGUGUGGGCGGAGAGGCGGCCACCUUGGCCGAGCGGAGGGCGGGCGGCCGUCGAUGCUGCGGCCCGGCGGGCGCGGGCUCCUCAAGGGCCUGGCCGUGGCGGCGGCCGCGGCGGUGGCAGCGCGGCUGGCGGGCUGGUGGGGCCCCCUCGCUGGCUGUCGCCUCUUCACACCCGGGGAGCUGGCCCGCCACCGCGGCGGCCCCGGGGAGCCAGGCCUCUACCUGGCGCUGCUCGGCCGCGUCUACGACGUGUCCUCCGGCCGCAGGCAUUACGAGCCUGGGGCUCCCUAUAGCGGCUUCGCAGGCCGAGACGCAUCCAGAGCGUUUGUGACCGGGGACUACUCUGAAGCAGGCCUUGUGGAUGAUGUGUCUGACUUGUCACUUUCUGAGAUGCUGACACUUCAAAAUUGGCUGUCGUUCUAUGAGAAGAACUACGAAUGUGUGGGAAAGGUGAUUGGAAGGUUCUACGGAAAGGAUGGGCUCCCCACCUCGGCACUAACCCAAGUAGAAGCCAUGAUCACCAAAGGCUUGGAGGCAGACAAAGAGCAACUGAAAGAGAAGAAGAAGUUCCCACCAUGCAACACGGAGUGGAGCUCCGCCAGGGGCAGCAGGUUCUGGUGUUCCCAAACAAGUGGAGGCGUGAGCAGAGACUGGACUGGUGUCCCCAGGAAGCUGUACAAGCCAGGUGCCAAGGAGCCCCACUGUGUGUGUGUGAGAACAACCGGUCCCCCUAGUGACCCAGCACCGGACAACCCUACACACAGAGAUCGUGGGGACUUGGACCACCCCAACUUGGAGGAAUAUACAGGCUGCCCACCCCUGGCCAUUACAUGCUCUUUCCCACUCUAAGCUGGUGCCCUACCUGUUGAUAACCCACAGAGAAGCCUAAUGAGCCCUGACUCACAUGCACUAGGAUGGCUCCUGACAUCGAACAAGGGGGCCUGGAAGGACUCUGCAAUGUAGCCCAUGACCCUCACCAGUGGCUCACCAUUCUGGUGACCGAGGCCAGAGCUCGGCAACUCGCCUAGUACUGGUCAGCCCGUUUUUGCCACUGUUCUAGAUCUACUUGCCAUCCUCCUUCAGAGCCCUCAAAUGUUAAUGAACACAAAUAUGACCAACUCAAAACUAACUGGACAGACAAGCAAAGGGCUGUAAGCUCCAAUCCUUCCCAUGGACUCCCAGGCUGCCAGAUCAGCUGCUGGCCUCGUCAGGGGCACUGGCAAAAAGGGACGACAUCACUCUCUUACAACUCAGAAACAAGAGGAUACAUCCAGAAAAGACCAAAAAGGAAUGAAUGAAUGAAUGAAUGAAUGAAUGAAUAAAUAAAUAAAUAAAUAAAUAAAUACAUUUAAAAAAA